AUGUUGCCCAAAUCAAGACGAGCUCUAACCAUUCAGGAGAUAGCGGCGUUGGCGAGGUCUUCACUACACGGCAUCUCCCAGGUGGUGAAGGACCAUGUGACUAAGCCCACGGCCAUGGCGCAGGGUCGCGUGGCUCACCUGAUCGAGUGGAAGGGUUGGUGUAAGCCCAUGGAGACUCCGGCACUCGAGUCCGACUUCAACUCUUACUCAGACCUGAGCGAGGGCGAGCAAGAGGCCCGCUUUGCUGCAGGUGUAGCGGAGCAGUUUGCCAUCGCCGAGGCUAAGCUGAGGGCCUGGUCCUCCGUCGACGGUGACGAGUCCAACGAUGACUCAUACGACGAAGACUUCCUGCCCGCCUACGAGCCCUCGACCCAGAGCACAGAUGUGCCCUCGUACCCACCGUACCUGAAGGAGCUGAUCCACAGUCAGAUCUGCCAGACCCUGGGCGUGCGUGGCCCCUGCUGUGAGGGGGCGGGAGGAGAGGGGGGCAGCGGAGAGCCCUCCCCCACAGCGGCGUCUCCAGACACACUGUGCUCCAGCCUCUGCAGUCUGGACGAGCUGCACCCGCUGCUGCGAGACCUCGGGGGCAGCCGCGGCAGCAGCUCCCACAAUAACGCCGCUGAACUGGCCGCUAAGCUGCUGUCGGCGCUACAGGGCGGAGAAGAGCUGCUGUCCCGCCUCCAGAGGGCGGGGCAUAGCUGCGCAGGGGGGCGGGGCCAGAGAGCGCGUGGAGGACAGGACUCUCCGUUCUCCGUGUCCUACUCAGAGACAUAUCUGUCUCCUGGAGAAGACGAGGACAGCCCCUGUAAGGACUACGUCAACUCUCUGUGUCCCACCGAGGCACAAGACCACAGUCCUGAGUACGCCCUGCGCCGGAGAGUGUCCGACGUGGCGUCCUCUGGGGUCGUGUCUCUGGACGAGGAGGAAGAGGAGGAGGAUGAGGAACGAGCAGGAAAUGCAAACAGCCAAUGA